UUUAUAUUGCAGGGCCAACUCCUCGGAUGAAACCAAGUGAAAUAUACCAAUGUACCCACUGUGAAUAUGCUACAGCUAUACAAAUAUGGUUCAUCAGCCAUUUGAGAAAACAUACUAAUGCAAAACCAUACAAGUGUGGCCAGUGUAGUUAUGCAUGUGCCCAAAAGAGACAUUUGCAAGUUCAUGUGAGAAAACACACUGGCGACAAGCCUUACAAAUGUGACCAGUGCAGCUAUGCUAGCAGUAAUAAAGAUGCUUUGAAUGUUCAUGUAAGAGCACACACUGGCGACAAGCCUUACAAAUGUGACCAGUGCAGCUAUGCUAGCAGUCGUAAAAGUUGUUUGAAGAUUCAUGUAAAGAAACAUACUGGCGAUAAUCCACACAAAUGCCACCAGUGUAGUUAUGCUAGCAGCAAUAAAGGUAAUUUGAAGGUUCAUCUAAGAACACACACUGGCGAUAAGCCUUACAAAUGUGAACACUGUAGUUAUGCUAGCAGCCAGAAAGGUAAUUUGAGUGCUCAUGUAAGAAAACACACUGGCGAAAAGCCAUACAAAUGUGGUUACUGUAGUUAUGCCAGCAGCCAGAAAGGUAAUUUGAAGGAUCAUCUAAGAAAACACACUAGCGACAAACCUUACAAAUGUGACCAGUGCAGUUAUGCUAGCAGUACUAAAUAUGCUUUGAAUGUUCAUGUAAGAACACACACUGGCGACAAGCCUUACAAAUGUGAACACUGUAGUUAUGCUAGCAGUACUAAAGAUGCUUUGAAGGUUCAUGUAAGAACACAUACUGGCGACAAGCCUUACAAAUGUGACCAGUGCAGUUAUGCUAGCAGUACUAAAUAUGCUUUGAAGAUUCAUGUAAGAAAACACACUGGCAACAAGUCUUACAAAUGUGAUCACUGUAGUUAUGCUAGCAGGCAGAAAGGUAAUUUGAAGGAUCAUCUAAGAAAACACACUAGCGACAAACCUUACAAAUGUGACCAGUGCAGUUAUGCUAGCAGUACUAAAUAUGCUUUGAAUGUUCAUGUAAGAACACACACUGGCGACAAGCCUUACAAAUGUGAACAAUGUAGUUAUGCUAGCAGUCGUAAAUGUAAUUUGAAGGAUCAUCUAAGAACACACACUGGCGGCAAGCCUUACAAAUGUGACCAGUGUAGUUAUGCUAGCAGCGUUAGAAAUGAUUUGAAGGUUCAUGUAAGAACACACACUGUUGACAAGCUUUACGAAUGUGGCCAUUGCAGCUAUGCUAGUGCCUAUAAAGAUGCUGUACGUAAACAUGAAAUGAUACACGAUGAUGAAAAGCGUCACAAAUGUGGCCAAUGUAAUUAUGCUACUAUUUAUAAAAUAAAUUUACAAGUCCAUAAAUGCAAAUAUGCUGAUGAGAUACUUAACAGGAGACACACAGAUCUCGAAGAGCAGCGCAAAGAGUUAAAGUAUGCAGGAGCAGACGCCAGCAGCAGGCGGCCCUGGCUCACCGCGCAGGGCGACGCGCGUGACGCCGCGCACGACCACACUUACAGUGCCGCUCCACCAGGCCUCGAGAGCGGCCUCGACGUGUCGGACGUGGAGACCAAGAGAUAGACGGACGAAGAGAAGACCGCAUCGUUAUACACCGGAUAGGAUUUGAUGUCAUCACGACAAAAGUAAAAUAAAGUUUAUGUUUAGAAAAACGCACUUAAAUUUUUUUAGAAGUAGGCAGAAAUGAAAUAUAACGACUAUAGAUUAAUAAGGUGUUGAACUGUUUUUGUAUUUAUUGA